AUGCGAUGGAGAAGUGGACCAACUCUGACGCGGGCGCAUAAUAUCAGUGCCUGCAGCGAUCUCCUGGCCAAAGAAGGAGUCGCCGUCAAGAAAAUCCCCCGACCGUUCCAAUCCACAAUCGAAGCGAAGAGGACUAUCCGAGAGGUGAAGCUUUUGCGGAGUCUUUCACAUGAUAAUAUCAUCUCCCUGCGAGACAUUUUCGUCUCGCCGCUGGACGACAUAUAUCUGGUCACGGAGCUUCUCGCAACGGAUCUUGCCCAUAUCAUCCGGGCGAAACCGAUGGAAAACCAAUUCGUCCAGUACUUUUUUUAUCAAAUCAUGCGUGCUCUGAAGUACAUUCAUUCCGCAGGCGUGGUGCACCGGGAUCUCAAGCCCAGUAAUAUUUUGAUUGAUAAUAAUUGUGAUCUCAAAAUCUGCGACUUCGGUCUCGCCCGGACGGUGGACCGCAAAAUGACUGGUUAUGUCACGACGAGAUUCUACCGCGCCCCGGAGACUAUGCUCACAUGGCAAAAGUACAACGUUGAGAUCGACAUGUGGAGUGCUGGGUGCAUUUUGGCCGAGAUGAUUGAAGGAUCCCCUCUCUUCCCCGGCCGUAAUCACACGGAUCAAUUUCUAAUCAUCGCGGACCUUCUGGGCUCAAUCCCGUCGGAGGUGAUCAAGACCAUCUGUUCCAAGAGCGCUGACGCGGUACUCAAGACGUCCGAUUUUGUUACUGGACUGCCCGAGCGCGCCAAAGUUCCCUUGCAAAAGAAAAUCAAGCAAGCUUUUCCUGAUGCCCUAGACAUGCUGGACAAGCUGCUGGUCUGGGAUCCAGAGAGACGAAUCAAAGCCGAUGCAGCUUUGUCACAUCCGUACCUCAGUUCCUACCACGAUCCAGCAGAUGAGCCUGUGGCCGAUGUCCCGUUUGAUUGGGCGAGCUUGGAUGUGGACCACUCACUCGAAACUUGGAAGACCUUGGUAUACUACGAAAUCUUGGACCAUUUCGGCGGUGCCAGUGCGACUUGA